AUGCUGCAAAUGGUUCAAGUGCCGGUGAUGGGCAAUUCAGGGGGCACACAGAUCUCUAACAGCCAAAUGGACCCGCGGUCUAUGCCAAUGGGCUUCUCGCAGCCGGCCUUCUUUGGACGCGUGCAAGGAAGCGAUCCCGAUCGCAAUGAAAGCGGCGCAGGCAAUCUUGUGAUGAAUGCUGGGUUCAAGUAUCCAGGAGACAAUAUCGUGAUGAUUGCAGGCCAGUACCGAGAGGUCCGACCAGUUCUUGGGCAGGCAACCGUUUCAGGUCGAUUCCACUGCGAGCCUGCCGAAUUGCCGCUGGGCUUGCAGCUGGAUCCUUUGACAGGGACCAUCUGGGGCACGCCAGCAAGUCCACCUGUCAGCAUGGAUCCAGCUGGGCCAUACCAACAAUACACUGUGGUGCUUACAAAUCCAGCGGGGGCAACCUCAUGCAGCCUCGGGAUCAAGGUGGUGCAGUUCAAUCCACAGAGUUUCAGCAUCUCGCACAUCUCGCAGCUUGAGAAGAGCAAGUACAUGGUGUUGGUCGAUACGCGCCGCAAAUGA